AUGAAGCCUUCAUCAUUGUCCACCUCUCGCAACAAGAACGCUUUGAAAAGAGCCGGCAUGGUCGGUGUUUCAUUCGAACAAGAUGAUGAAGAGCAAGCAAUAUUAAAUCAACGGAAUGAGAGAUUGAGUCGGGAUCAAACGGAAGAUGAUGAUGAUUUAUUCCAAGCACAAGAACGAUUUUUUAAACAACAAUCCGAACCAGCUGCUAGCGUAACUAAAAAAUCAAAAUUUGCAUUGGAAAGAGAGAAAAAGAAGAAAGAGGAAGCAAACGCAGCAUCCAAUGCACCGAAAAGUGUGCUAAGCAUUUUCAAUAAUCUUAAUAUUGUCGAACGAGAUGUACAAACGAAAAGCGUGAUUCCUCCAUCACUUCCGACACAGCCACAAGCAUUUCCAACUCUAAAGCAGCCUACUCUAACAUUCUUAGGACGAAAAAGAGUACAACCAGAGAAACAAAGUGUGCAACAGUCACACAAAGAUGAAAUGAAUAUAUCGGAUGAGGAUACAGUUACUCAACAUGACGUAAAACCUACUGAGGGUCUAUCUGAAGCUGAUGCCAUUGAUCAAGAAAGUGACAGAAUGUUGUCAAAAAUGUCCAAACUUGAAAUUGAGGAAGCAAAAUCUCAAUUGAUGAAGCAAUUCGAUCCUUCUAUUAUCAAUAUGCUUAAAAAUAGAGGUGCAGAAAAGAAGUUGAAAAAACAACACUUGCCCAAACACUUUCCACCACAAUCUGAAGGUAAAACCUCUCAAACACGAAAUGAUACAAGUAUGUUAUCUGCCGAGGAAAGAAAAGAAAUAGCAGAGAAAGAUAUUAGCGAGAUUAUUGACAAAAUUAAAGAGAGUUUAAACCCAAAGGAGCUCAAAAACAUCAAAGAGGAAGAGGAAAAAUUAAAAUGGAUUGUUGGUGGAGAAGAAUUCCAAGAAAGUGAGGAGGAGAAGAACGAUAAAAGCAAAUUCAAGCCAUUACGUUUCGAUUUGGAAGGAAAUAUUGUUGAUCAGUCCAAAGAAUAUCCUUCUCAUUCUGGGCUUUUCCAUCACGGAAGAGAUCAAAAUAUGGCAGGUUACACUAUUCUAGAGAUAUUCCAGCUCAUUAGGAGCAGUGUAAUCACACAAAGAAUUAUCAACAUUAAGCUUCUUAACCAAAUCAUUCUCAAAUCUUCCAGCAGCGAAAAGAUUGAAUUACUUAUCUAUUUGGAAGAAAAAUAUGAGUUAUUCAAAACCAUUUUCUGGUUUGGCUAUGCAGACGCCCUUAAUGCAAGUGCAACAGUUUUGCACAAAAAUUUGAGUCUUAUUAGAGCAACAUCUGAGCUAUUUCGAACCAUCUUAUCUUGCUCCCUACAGAUGCAACAGGAUGAGUUUGAUAUUAUUGAACGAAACAGUUUCAAUUAUUUUUUAACUGAUGUAAACAACACUGUUUCAGAAAAGAUAGACUUUGUUCGAAAGUACGAGAAAGAUGUCACUCCAUGCCUGAUUUCCAACAUGGUCACAAUUUUAGAGUGUGAAGACGAUCCUGACUUGCGGUAUCAUGUCAUUGAGUCAUUAAUAAUUCUCUCAAGAUAUUCAUUAUCUAUUGCCACAAAAAUUUCAAAUGAAAUGACAAAAAAGAAGGCAUUUAAGCAACUCACAAGUUCAAACUUGUUUAUCAACACCACUGAAUUAACGCAGUUUGCUCUACUCAUUUCCAACUUGAGCAGGCAUGGAAAGAAUAUUUGUGAACGAUUGAUUAAGAACACAGACGUUAUAGAUAUUGCAAAGAAAAAUAUGAUCAUUUGCUCUUCACCAUCUAAAACGGUAGCAGACUCUCAACUGCUAUUAUGCACAGAGCUUCUCUCAAUAGUAACAUGCUGCACAAGCUACAAGAUGCUAGAUAUCAUGCAUUUGUUCUGUGAGGAGAUGUUUCCUAACUUGGUCGCUCUCAUUCAACUUCCUUUUGCAAAAUCAUUUCAAAAGUCCCAAUGUGCAACAGAAUUGUCUCAAACAUGCUUAAACUUGUUGCAAGUAUAUAUGACAUCAAAAUCGUCGCUUUCAUUUCCUUCUUUUGAAGAUAAGGACGAAGUGGAUGAAAAUUCAAUCGGUCAUUUAGAAAAUUUUGCAUUGUCAGAUUGUCCAUUAUUAGCCAUCAAAUCUCUAACUGUUGAGAAGGACUCUCUCUGUAUUAGGUUCUUGUAUUUCAUUUGUACCUUUUAUGACAAUUUUUACUGCAAUCCAAAUAGUGAUUUCCAUCGAUUUAUUGCCAAGGAAGAUAUAGACAAGACAUCUCAGCUAUUGAUGGUAAUGAAGCGAGUAGAAAAUAGAACGUGGUAUACCGAGCUCUACAACUGGGGGCAAAAAUCAAUCGAUCAACUUAAGGAUUUGAAUGUAUCGAAGGAGCACUUUGCAACAGUUUCUAAUUUAUUAUCUAAUAUUUCAUCGAUUGUAACACUGUGUUACUUUUGUGCCAAGUCUUUCAAACACAUGUUCACCAUUUUGUUUGACGAAUUACAUUUUGAACACCUGUUAUCUCGAUUAUAUGAUGAAGUUUUCCAAAAAUAUUUAUUUAACAAGGAUUUCUUUUCAUUUGCUGCAGAAUCACCAAAUCCGCUACGAACCAAGUUUUACAUUCUCAGAGAGAGAUUUUUCAACAUGACGUAUUAUUUGCUAAAGCUCUAUUCUUACGAGAAGACAAAACUAAGUUCCUUAUUCACUCAAGACCAAAUAUGCAACUUGGGCCUUUUUUCUGCUGCUCUAUUAGAUCCAUUUAAUAUCAGAGGAGAUAGAAGCAUUUUCUUCUUUAUUUUACAAACAUAUGUGCUUCAAUUCAAUCCAACAUUCUUGAAUUACUUGGAUAAGGACGCAUUUGACAUGUCUACAAUCAAAGAGAUUAAUGAUAUUGUUGAGAGUAACAACUUACAAGUUGGUGCUCCCUCAAUUCCAAAAGAACAUAUUUCAGUAACGCCUACAAACUGGAUGUAUAGCGCCAUUGAACAUUAUUACAUCAAUCGAUUAGACGAGACAAAAAAUAUUCCUUUAAUUAUGGACAAUCUCAAAUUUAUCACUAGCUUGAGCUAUGGUACAAAUUAUAGGAGUAUAUUGAACGAAUUGAAUCAGGGCGUUAACACAAGCUUCACGCGUUUCUCAAAUCAAGGAAAUUUUAUUAAUGUGUUCUUCCCAAAGGUUAUUCAAUUCGCGAACAUGAUGAAAGUAUUCCUUCUCGAUUCAAGCAUUUUCUUUGUUGAGAGCAUUCAAAAUGUGCUACAAACUUGGAUAGACAUUUAUUAUUAUGAACAGUACACAAUUCAAAUCAAUCAAUCACAAAAAGUAGCACAAACUCCAAAUAAUCCAUUUCAUGGAUUUGCAAAUAUGGCUUCAAUGGAAGACAUCUUUUGCCAAAUGUUCAAAGAUUUCGUUGAGCAUCAGGUAUCUGCCUCCUUCAACCAAUUAACAUUUUCACAAUUUGUAUUAAGCUUUUUUAUACAUACCAACAUUUGGAACUCCAAAUAUAGAAUGUACAUUGCCAAUGAAAUGAGUGCAAAACAAAUUAAUUUCCUUAGAGCAGAUGAAAGCUGGCUUGAGAAAUUGCAAGUGUUUCCAAGUGAAAGUGAUUUGGAUUUAAUUAUUUUGUAUUUGAAGAAGUUUAUUUCACCACUUACUUUGGAAGAAAUUAACUCAUCAUUUAUGUAUCGAUAUAUGAUACAUCACAUUGUGAAUUCUAUUCCUUCAUUGUCUGUAGAGUGGAAGAUUGAGAAUAGAGAAGUAUUGUCCUCGCUCAUGGAAGCAAUAUCGAACGAAAAGGUGAAAGAUUUCAUACUUUCCAAAAUCGCUCAACGAGAUGGUGUUGGUGUGCAAGGUUUGCUGAUGGCCUAUAAAACCAACAAGUACCUGUAA